AUGUCUUCAACAACCUCAACCGUGGACGCCAUCCGUCCUCGCCGCUAUAACCCCCUGGUGAAUCCCGUCCACUCGAAACCGGCCCUCGUGGAAGAACAUAUUGAGGACCAAAACCACAUCCUCUUCUCCCGUCCUCUGUUUGGUGCACUUCUUUUCGAGAACAGCACCUCAGAUGCUCGUGACCACUGUGCCAAUGAGCGUACUUUUCUCUCAUGGCUCCGUCUCUCCAUGUACCUCUCCAUCGUAUCUCUAGCCAUCAUCAUCUCCUUUCAUUUCCGUGAGCAGCCCUCGGCCUUGGAGCGACGCAUGGCCUUGCCUCUCGGAAUUAUCUUCUGGCUGCUUAGCCUCACCUGUCUUAUCAACGGAUUCGCCAACUAUGCCCGUACGGUCAUAAAAUAUAGUCGAAAGGCAGCUCUUGUUCAAAGUGGUUGGAAAACCCAGCUGGUCUUCACGGUGGUAGGGACUGUCAUCCUGGGCAGUUGUAUCCUCUUCCUGUCAACAGACAAGACAAGGUAA